AAAUUUCGUCCUCUUGCGCUGACCUGCAUGGCUGCUUCGACCGACCCGAAUCCCGCGUGCAAGAGCCUCGUGCUCGAUGCCGGCCCCCUUCUUGCGCUGUCUCCACUGCGGGGCCUUGCAGAGACGUUCUACACCGUCCCACAAGUGCUCGAUGAGCUCAAGGACAAGCGGGCGAGAGAGCACUUUGAGAGGCUCGGGCUGUCCGCCGGUGUGAGAGUCCAGGUGCAAAAUCCUGAUCCCAAGUCUUUAGCACACAUUGUCCAGUUUGCGAAGAAGACCGGCGACUAUUCCGUCCUUUCCACUGCCGAUCUCUGCGUCCUUGCCCUGACAUACUCGCUUGAGCAGAAGGCGAAGGAAGAAGCUGAAGCGUUUGGCUCCAUCCCGCAGCAAGAUAAUGUGCCAUCCGCAGCAGAAGCAAGCAGUAAUCUGAGGUCUGCAGAGUCCCAGGUCGAGAGCGUGUCGCAGACCAUCGAGGAGCCUACUAUCGCAGAAGAAGUGCGAGAAGAAGAAGCGGCAGCAGACGCUCCUGUUGAGCCCUCUGAAGCCGCUCCCGAGGAUGAACAAGACGCCGAAGAGGACCAAGAGCCACUAGACGUCAAGCUCGAGCCCAUCACUCUAGAGGACGAAAACGUCGAUGAAACGUCCUCGAGACCAGAGGACGCGGCGGCUGCGCCACCAUCGGCUGAGGACGACGGACCGCUAUACGACGAUCCGUCUGACGAAGACGACGGCGAGGGCCAAUGGAUCACGCCGUCAAACGUCGCUUUGCACAAGUCGAGAGCUCUCCACCUCGUCCCGGAGGAGGCAGGGAAGGGCAGAGGCAAGCCUGCUGCACAGAUCAAGGUCGGAUGCAUGACAGCAGAUUUCGCAAUGCAAAACGUGCUCCUGCAGAUGGGCCUCAGUUUGGUGGGCGUCGAGGGCAAGAGGAUCGACCGGGUGAAGAGCUGGGUCCUUCGUUGCCACGCUUGCUUCAAGAUCUGCAAAGACUCGUCGCGAAAAUUCUGUCCAUCAUGCGGCAAUGCAACGCUUCUCCGUGCCUCUGUCACGCUCUCAUCGCCUAAUGCGACGAACUCAACACCAACGCUGCAAGUUCACCUCAAGAAGAACUUCCAGUUCAAAACUCGCGGUACAAAGUACUCGAUACCCGCGCCCAAGCCUGGUACGGCCAAAACAGGGCCAGGCGAGGGUCUCAUCCUCCGAGAAGACCAGACCGCUUGGAUGCGGGCAAAGAAACACGCAGACGGCAAGAGGGAACGGGAGGAGAAGAGGAUGCUCAGCACGACCGCAAAUAGUCGGGAGCCCGGUAGCAUCGCGGUGGGCAGUUGGAUGGACCCGGACUGGGUGCCGGAGAUGCUGAGCGUCGGCGCGGGGGGCAAGGGCCGCAGCAUGCGGAGCGGGCGCAUGGACGGCGACAUGCCACAGAUUGGCUACGGCAGGAAGAAUCCCAACGAGCGGCGCCGGCGAAAGUAGAGGGUCGCGUCGGUCGUGGAUGUUCUGCUGCUCACCGGGACCGACAUGUCCGGUUCACCGCGUCAUAUUACAUUUCUUCCAGUUUUCUUACAUCACAGGCGUCCCCUCUAUGUAUCUCUUAACUGCCCAAGCUCCUGUUCAUGAAGCGCCUCUUCUGGAACGCCAUCCACCACUUGCUGGGCUUCCCUGUGCCGUCGGCGUAGAGGCGUUCGAUGAGACGGGCAGCGAUCUCCUGCCGGACCUGCGUCAGGUAUUGCCGAAGAUAUUCUUCAAGCGGGUUAGACACUAUCAUUGUGUGGAGGUGAUGAGACUACGUACCGCCAUCUGCUCGGCUUGGCGGGGGCGUGUAGUGCGCGUUCAGAGCAAAGUUGGCGUCGCCGGGGAUGGGGAAGUUGUCUACGGAGAGGGUGUUGAGCGUCUUGCCCGCCUCGAGCUGCGACGGCGAUGCGCGCUGCGAUCCGAGUUUCGCGAGGCAGUCGGAGACGUAGAGGAUGAGGAUGAUGAGGAGACGGUCGGCGGGGCCCUUGAUCUCGAAGUUACGGAAGAGGGAGUUGGCACGGAAAAGGUCGAGAGUCUCGUCAAUGAUGUCUGCGGCAUUGGGAUCCGCUGGUUGCGCGCGUAAGGCCUGGUGUGCACCGAAGACACCGUCAGACAACGUACCUAACGGAGCAGGACCACGAAUCUUUGUCUUGAUCGGGAGGAUGGAGAGAUUGCCCACUUGGCGGACAUCUGGUUCCUCAUUGUAUGCAGAAUGAUAGGCCUGCAAUUGCGCUAUAUAGUC